AUAGCUGGAAUACACGGUGUGCGUUUAUGUAUGCACCAGAAUAAAUGUAUUUAUGAGAGCUUAAUUCAGAACAAAGCAAAGAGGCAAAAUUCAAGAAUUUGAUGAUGAGUGCAUACAGUCCUUGCGUGAUCACUCAACCGGCUUAUCACCGGAGUCGUAAAUUGUGUUCAACUGUGAAGGCAAUGAGUGAGAGAGCUUCGACAUUAACUGCUGCUGCUUCUGCUCCGCAGAGAAAAGGCUCUUCUGCAUUCGAUGCUCGAUUCUCUCUCGUACUGGCUCUCGCUUCUCAAACUUCUUCUCUUUCGCAGCGACUCUUGAUGGAUGUGGCAACGGAGACCUCCAAAUACUUGUUUCCUCGCAGAUUUGAGCCCCGCAACUUUGAGGAAGCUCUUAUGUCAGUUCCAGAUCUUGAAACCGUGAAAUUCCAGGUUUUGAGCCGCACAGAUCAGUAUGAGAUACGACUAACUGAGCCUUACUAUGUCGCGGAGACAACUAUGCCUGGGAAGAAUGGAUUUGAUCUUAAUGGAGCAUCUCAAUCAUUCAAUGUGUUGGCUGGAUACCUGUUUGGUAAGAAUACAAGAGAGGAGAGUAUGGAGAUGACUACACCUGUUUAUACUCGCAGGACGCAGUCCGAAGGAGAGAAAAUGGAAAUGACAACUCCUGUAGUAACGAAAAAGCUGGAAGACGAUGACAAGUGGCAGAUGUCUUUUGUCAUGCCCUCAAAGUAUGGUUCCAGCUUGCCAUUGCCCAAAGAUCCAUCAGUGGCUAUCAAAGAGGUGCCAAGCAAAAUUGUGGCAGUUGCUGCUUUUUCAGGUUUCGUAACUGAUGAAGAAGUGCAAAAGCGUGAAGCUGCCCUUCGAAAAGCACUAAAGAAUGACACUCAAUUCCAUGUAAAGAUUGGUUCACCAGUCGAAGUUGCACAGUACAAUCCACCGUUUACACUUCCAUUUGCACGUCGCAAUGAGAUUGCUCUAGAAGUUGAAAGGAGAGAAGAAUAAUCCAUCUUAUGCAAGGAUCAGCAGGUUGGAUUCAGGACUAGUCUUUCACCACUGUAAAACUAGUAAAACAAGAUAGUGACUGUCCAGUACAAUGCAAUUAUGUAAAAAAUUGUAAAUACUUUGAUUGUUAAUAUCUGUUAUA